AAAAUAGGCGUAUGAAUAUUAGUUUCGCCUGUAAGUAUCAUGAGAAAGUGCCUUCGAUAUAAAAUAAAUCUGUGCGAAGGGACGCGACACCUGUUGCCAUGGCUCUGUCGGAGUUGUAUACAAAGUAUAACAGGGUGUGGAUCCCUGACGCGGAACAUGUUUGGCAAUCUGCGGAGAUUCUGACAGAUUUCAAGCCUGGUGAGACUGUCCUGGAACUACAGCUGGAGGAUGGGACGGAGUUGCAGUAUCCUCUGGAAGGGGGUGAGAAGUUGCCACCUCUCCGUAACCCGGACAUCCUGGUGGGUGAGAAUGACCUCACAGCCCUCAGUUACCUGCACGAGCCGGCCGUGCUCCACAACCUCAAGGUCCGAUUUGUCGAGUCCAAAAUCAUCUACACAUAUUGCGGAAUUAUCCUGGUGGCAGUCAAUCCAUACAAGCAGCUUCCCAUCUAUGGAGAUGCGGUCAUCCAUGCUUACUCUGGUCAAAACAUGGGCGACCUGGACCCUCAUAUAUUUGCUGUGGCUGAAGAGGCCUACAAACAAAUGGCCAGGAAUAACAAGAAUCAGUCCAUCAUUGUGAGCGGCGAGUCCGGGGCUGGAAAGACCGUAUCUGCUCGCUAUGCUAUGAGGUACUUCGCUGUGGUUAGCAAAUCUGGCAGCAAAACUCGGGUGGAGGACAAAGUUUUGGCAUCCAACCCGAUCACUGAGGCCAUUGGAAAUGCAAAAACAACCAGAAAUGACAACAGCAGUCGAUUUGGGAAGUACACUGAGAUCAGCUUCGACAAAAGAUACCAAAUCAUUGGUGCCAACAUGAGGACAUACCUUCUGGAAAAGUCAAGGGUGGUUUUUCAGUCAGAGAAUGAGAGGAAUUAUCACAUCUUCUACCAAAUGUGUGCAUGUGCAAAUCAGCCGGAGUUUAAAGGCUUAAGACUGUUGGCCGCAGACAAGUUUAAUUACACACGUUUGGGUGGUGAGACAGAGAUCGAAGGCGUGGACGACUGCGCUGACAUGGUAGAAACACGCAGAACUUUCAGUCUACUAGGUCUUAAGGACAGUUUUCAGGCUGACGUGUUUAAGGUGCUCGCUGCGAUUCUGCAUUUGGGAAACGUGGUAAUCAAGGAGAACGGCUCUGAGAAAUCGUCCAUCGGUUCCAGAGACCCUCACUUGGCCAUAUUCUGUGAGCUGAUGGGCAUCAACAUGGACAACAUGAGCCGCUGGCUGUGUCACAGACGGAUAGUCCUGUCAGCAGAGACGGUGGUGAAACCGCAGCCCAAGGAACGUGCCAUCAACGCCCGUGAUGCCCUUGCCAAACACAUCUAUGCCCAUCUUUUCAACUGGGUCAUCCACAAGAUCAACCAGGCACUAAUGAUCCCUGGGAAACAACAUUCAUUUAUUGGGGUGUUGGAUAUUUAUGGAUUUGAGACCUUUGACGUGAACAGUUUCGAGCAGUUCUGCAUCAACUACGCCAACGAGAAGCUGCAGCAGCAGUUCAACCUGCACGUGUUUAAACUGGAGCAGGAGGAGUACAUGAAAGAGGAUAUUCCCUGGACGCUGAUCGAUUUCUAUGACAAUCAGCCCGUUAUUGAUCUCAUUGAGGCUAAGAUGGGCAUUCUGGACCUUUUGGAUGAGGAGUGUCUGUUCCUUCAGGGCACUGAUAAAAACUGGCUGCAAAAGCUGUACAAUUUUCUAGGCUCAAAGCCGCUGUUUGAGAAACCCCGAAUGUCUAAUGACUCUUUUGUGAUUCAGCAUUUUGCUGAUAAGGUAGAAUACCAGUGUAAAGGUUUUUUGGAGAAGAACAGAGACACACUUUAUGAAGAGCUGGUGGACAUCAUGCGUGCUAGUCAGUUUGCUCUCUUGGCGAAUUUUUUUAAAGAGGAGGAACCAAAUUCUAGCCAUAAAAUGAUCAAGGUGACACCGGCACAUCCCAGAGUCAAAGCUUCAAACAAGCAGCUGAGAACCACUGUAGGAGACAAGUUUCGAAGUUCCUUGUACCUGUUAAUGGAGACUCUGAAUGCUACUACACCUCAUUAUGUGCGCUGUAUUAAACCCAAUGAGGAGAAACUGCCAUUUGAGUACGAUUCAAAGCGUGUGGUGCAGCAGCUGAGGGCCUGUGGUGUGCUGGAGACCAUCCGUAUCAGUGCCCAGAGUUACCCGUCCAGAUGGACGUAUAUAGAGUUUUACAGCCGUUACAGUAUAUUGAUGAGCCAGUCGGAGCUGAAGCUGGGAGAGAAGAAGCAGACAUGCAAGACAGUUCUGCAGAGACUCAUUCCUGAUUCCAACCAGUACAAGUUCGGUCGGAGUAAGAUCUUCUUCCGGGCGGGACAGGUGGCGUACCUAGAGAAGCUGCGUUUGGAUCAUCUUCGUGCGGCUUGCGUGAGCAUCCAGAAGCACGUGAGGGGCUGGAGGCAGAGACGCAGGUUCCUGCACAUGAGACAAGCUGCCAUCACUAUCCAACAGUACGUGCGUGGAAAGAAACAGAUCAGUGAGAGCACGUGCUACGAGCACAGUAUACCGCCUGACAGGACAGGAAAAUUGAAUAAAGAGAAUCUAGGCCUUAUGGAAAGACUCACCAGUUUGUCUAAUGCACGUGCUCAAGGACUAGAAAAGAUCCAGGCUCUGGAGGCGGAGCUUGGAAAGCUGACCAAUGAGAUGGCAGCUUUAGAGGAGAGGGCGAGAACAAAGUCUGAAGAGGCCAAUCAGACAAUCGCUCUGCUUCAGAGUGACAAAGAGAAACUUACUGAGGCGAAUAAGGCUUUGGAGCAGAAACUGAAAGAGACGACCCUGCAGAUGCAAGAUCAAUUUGAGGAUGUAAAGAGAAAACUGAUGGAGGAUUUAGAAAGAGAGGAGAGAUUCAGAAAGGUGGCGGAGCACAACAGUGAACUCCAGAAGGAAGACUCGGAUAAAGAGAUCGUAGUACUGAAAGAGGAAAACCGUAGACUGAGAGAGGAGCGAAUCAGGCUCCAGACGCAAGUGGAGGAGGACGAGAAGAUCAAUGCAGAACUGCAGGAACAAGUGCUGCAGCUCACCAAACACGUCAAGGUCAUACCAGAUUUACGGAAAGAAAUCAACAGCCUGCAGAUGCAGCGAGCUGAAGCUGAUAAAACCACGAGAGCUCAGAAUCUACAAGCCAGAGCUAAGAUGAGUUUGAUCACGAGACAGCUGCUCGGUGAAGCUAAAGAGGAAAUUCUCAUCCAAAGACUUAAUGAAGAAGCCUUAGAUAAUGAUGAUGGAGCUGAUCUUCUCGCUGCUUUUGACUCCAUGGAGAAAGCUGCUAAGGUGAUGGAAACUCAGCUGCGGGAGCAAAAGGACACUUGUAAGAGUCAGCAGGAAGCUCUGGUCUUCAAAAACGAACAUUUAAACAAAGAGAACGAGCAGCUUCAAGCUCUCUUUCAGGAGAAGAGCAACGUCAACCAAAGCAUCGGACAGGAAGUGGCCCGUCUCUCUGCUGAGAACAUGGUGAUUCCAGAACUGAAGCAGCAGGUGUCAGAACUGAACCGCCACAAACAAGAGCUUGAGACCCAGUUACAAGAUCAGAGUGCUGAGAUGAGCGCAAAAAUAAAGGAGUUAUCAAACAAGCUUCAGCUCACUGUUGAAGAGGAGCAAUCGCAGCGCAGGCACCUAGAGGAGAAGAUAACAGAGAGCGAGAGGAGAAGAGAAGAGAUGGAGAGACAGAUGGCUGACCUCCAGGAGGAGAACGAGCAGCUACAGAAAGCCCAGCUCUCAGAGAGCGAAGCCAAGAACAAACUCAGACAGGAGACAUCCCGUCUCACAGCUGAGAAUAUGGACUUUGAGGAGCAGCUAGACAUGAAGGACAGACUGAUAAAACGACUCCAAGACCAAAUCAAAGCAAUUCAAACACAUGCGACAGCCAAUCAGAAAGCAGAGCCGGCUGUGCCCAAAGAGUAUUUGGGCAUGUUGGAGUACAAGAAGGAGAAUGAAAGCAGGCUGAUCCGGACGCUUAUACUGGAGCUGAAACCUCGCGGUGUGGGUGUGCUAAUGAUCCCUGGUCUGGCUGCACAUCUCCUCUUCAUGUGUGUGAGACACGCUGAUUACCUCAAUGACGGAAACAAACUCAAGUCCCUCAUGAACGGCAUCAUCUCAGCCAUCAAAGAGGUCAUCACGAACCAACAGGAGAGUUUUGAAGUUCUGUCCUUCUGGCUCUCAAACACAUAUCACUUCCUCAACUGUCUCAAACAGUACAGCGGAGACGAGGAGUUCAUGAAGCACAACACUCCUCGUCAGAACAAGAACUGCCUGAGGAACUUCGACCUGUCAGAGCACCGGCAGAUUCUCAGCGACCUCGCCAUCAACAUCUACCAUCAGUUCAUCAGCAUGAUGGAGGACGCGCUCUUUCCCAUGAUAAUCCCUGGGAUGUUGGAGCACGAGAGUCUCCAGGGAAUCUCCAGCAUGAAGCCCACCGGUUUCCGUAAGCGCUCGAACAGCGUGUAUGAGGACGGCGGGGACCACAGCGGGUCGGAGCCGUUCAGUGUGACAGACAUCCUGCAGCAGCUCGACGCGUUCCACACCAGCAUGGCGCAGCAUGGCAUGGAGCCGCAGCUGCAGGGUCAGGUCAUAAGACAGCUGUUCUUCCUCAUCGGAGCCACGUCGGUGAACAGCAUUCUGCUCCGCAAGGACCUGUGCUCCUGCCGCAAGGGCAUGCAGAUCAGGUGUAACAUCAGUUAUCUAGAGGAGUGGCUGCGAGAGAAGGAUCUGCAGAGCAGCUGCGCCAUGGAAACGCUGGGGCCGCUCUCUCAGGUCGCCUGGCUUCUUCAGGUCAACAAGACCACAGAUGAUGACGCAGCCGAGAUCAAGCAGAGAUGCUCCGAGCUCUCUCCUGUGCAGAUUGUGAAAAUCCUUAACUCCUACACACCCAUUGAUGAUUUUGAAAAGCGUGUCACUCCGUCCUUUGUCCGCAAAGUGCAGGCGUUGCUGCAAGAGCGCGAGGGGUCGUCUCAGCUGAUGAUGGAUUCACAGUAUCGUUUCCAGGUCACCUUUCCCUUCUGCUCCUCACCACAAGCACUCGAACUCCUACAGGUGCCCAGCAACCUCCGUCUGGGCUUCGUCACUCGCAUUUGACCUUUAACCUCUGACCUUAGUGAUAUCAGGUCCGGUACUUGGGAUCAGGAUGCGUCUGUGUUGACAUGAAUGCACCAUGGGAACACUGCACAGUAGCUGAUUUGCUAAUAUAAACUCAUUAAUGCUUUUGUAUAUUUUUUGAUUUAUUUAUAAAGAUUUUAAUCACAUGUUCUCUAAAUUAGUAUUUUGAAUAACUACUGUUUAGAUUAUAGCUCUUUUAGAUCAACUAUGAGCAAACACUGUAACAUACAUUUCAAUAUCACAAACCAACCUCAAAUGCUCAGCUCCAUUUUGUAAAUCCUAAAUAAUUGUCACAAAUAGCUCUUCCUUUGAAUUUUUGUAAUAAAUCUGAAAUAAAUCAAUAAACACAA